CCUUUGUCAGUGUCAGUCAAACCUGUAUCGGUUAACUGGGUGUCAAUCAAUCUGUGUCAGUUAAUUUGUGUCAGUCAUCCUGUACCUGUCAACCUGUGUCGGUCAACUGGGUGACAGUCAUCCUGUGCCAGUUAAGCUGUAUCAGUCAACCUGUGUCGAUCAACCUGUGUCAGUCAACCUGCGUUAGUCAACUGGUGUCAGUUGACUUGAAUUAGUCACUCGUACCAGUUAACCCUGAGUCAGUCAGCCUCUCAGGACUCGAAAAGGUGUGUGAGAUGAAACUAAAAUACAUAAACGUGUGUGUCAUCCUUUUGACCGUCACGAACCACAGUCAGUCUGCUUCAGUCAGAGGGACUGGAGAGGAUGACUACCUCGUUGACAUCAAAGGCAACCUGGAGGAGAUUAGCCUUUCACUCAGUCGUUUGCUGUUCUUAGUCAACUCGCUAACUACAAGCCCAGCGCCUCUCUCGUCAACCACCAUAUCUACUGAGCUUCCACAUGCGUCAUCCACUCCUCUUCCACCUGAAACGUCUGGUGAUUCAUCGGCUGAGUCAACUACAGAUUUCAGAACUGAUACGGCCACUUACUCGUCUGCUAAAUAUUCCACUGAUUUUCCUACUAAAAUGUCUACGUAUCUUACUACAUUUGAGGUAUCCACUCAGCUGUCUAGUGACUCAUCCACUCAUCAGGCUCCUGCUGAAUCAUCCACUUUUCCUACCGUUGAAUCAUCCACUUUUUCUCCUGCUGCAUCAUCCACUUUUCCCACCGUUGAAUCAUCCACUUUUUCUCUUGCUGAAUCAUCCACUUUUCCUACCGUUGAGUCAUCCACUUUUCCCACCGUUGAAUCAUCCACUUUUCCUAACGUUGAAUCAUCCACUUUUUCUCCUGCGGCAUCAUCCACUUUUCCUAUCGCUGAAUCAUCCACUUUCCCUCCUACUAAAUCAUCCACUUUUCCUACCGUUGAAUCAUCCACUUUUUCUCCUGCUGAAUCAUCCACUUUUCCCACCGUUGAAUCAUCCACUUUUCCUAACGUUGAAUCAUCCACUUUUUCUCCUGCAGCAUCAUCCACUUUUCCUACCGCUGAAUCAUCCACUUUCCCUCCUACUGAAUCAUCCACUUUUUCUCCUGCUGAAUCAUCCACUUUUCCUGUUGAAUCGUCCACUUUUUCCUGA